UACAAAAUUAGCUAUUAAGAAAUCUCCCCAUUUUCCGUUUAAACUUCCCCACUUCACCCACCAAUCCACCAACCCUAGAUCUGCGACCAAAAGAAAAAGGAUAAAAAAAGAAAAAGAAAAACACACACAAUUACAAAAAGACUUCGAAACAUGUGAGAUACACCGUCACCGUCACCGUCACCGUCACCGCCUCAAUCGCAAAUGGCGAUCAUCGGCGAUGCUCUGCGCCAGGCCUUCAUGCCCAAGCACGAGUACGAGAGCCUCCGCGAAGAGGACAAGGCAUGGCACAAGAUGCAGAAGCCUCUCAUCCUGCUCGCUCUCUCCCUAAUUUCCCUCGCCAUUUCUCUAUCCACUGCCAUCAGUUUCAGAAUAGUCUUUCCAGCUGACAACCUGCGCCGCCCCUUCUGCCGCGACCUCCGGAUUCAGCCGCUGCCCGUCAAUUUCACGGCCGGCGACGGAGAUAGGGAAUCGGAUCUAUUCCCUAACGCAUUUGUUCUCACGGAUCAGGAGACGGUUGAUUACUACUGGAUGGUGGUGUUUCUUCCGUCCGCGAUGCUAUUUGCGGUUUCGGCGGUUUACUUGAUUGCUGGAAUCAUUGUUGCCUAUACUGCCCCUACACGAAAUGGAUGCUUGAAGGUUGUUGAGAACAAUUACUGUGCCUCUAGAAGAGGCGGUGUUCGAUGUCUAUCCAUACUGAAUCUGGUGUUUUCCAUCAUAUUUGGUCUUCUCGCACUAUUCCUUGGCUCCACUCUGCUAACACUUGGUAGCAGCUGCUCCUUGCCUUUGUUCUGGUGCUACGAAAUUGCAUCAUGGGGUUUUGUCAUUUUACACGGAGGAGCUGCCUUCUUUCUGAGACGAAAGGCAGCAGUGAUACUUGAUGAUAGUGACUCAGGUGGUAGAAACACCGGGCUGGAGAUGCUUGAAGCAAGCCCAAUAGAAGUCACACCAGAAGUAGAGAGACGUGUCACUGAGGGUUUCAAGUCGUGGAUGGGUCCAUCUAUCCUAUCCUCAGAUGAUGAGGAUGAACCUGAUGAUUAUCUAGAAGUGCCAAACAUAGCACGUUCAUUCUCCGCUCGUCAAAGAGUGUGAUUCUGUCUCCCAUGUGGCAUAGAGCUCUCUAUCUAUCCCCAUGACCUCUGAGAUGUGCACUGAGCAACGGCUUUAGGAAGAUACUUUUACAGGCAUAUGGCGUAAUGCACAUAUCGAAACCUUGUAUAGCGCAGUAGAACAAAGAUGUACAAAAUUCUACUGAGAAUCUUCCAUUGCGGAAUGGCAACUGGUAAAUUCCUCCAACCGUGAAGAAUUUUUUGUAGUUUGUUUAGAACUUGUGCCAAAUAUUGUUGCAAGUUUACAGUAUUUUCACGGCCAUGAAGUAGUAUUUUGAUAUA